AUGUCUUCAAACAACACAAGCGACAGCGGCGGCAGCGACGAUGGCGAUAACAGAACGGAGUUGAUUGUGGCGGCCGUCGCUCUAGUUAUCUCUAUUCUUGCCUUCAUCAUAGCCAUGCUCCAAGCUCUUCAGCAGUAUUAUUCGUCAGCUAAGGGCUACUCUUCAUGUACCCCCAAGGUCAUGGGUGAUUGGGCCCAAUUCACCCACCGCCGGUUCCGGUGGUACGAGUUUCGCUUUGAAGUAGAAUUCGAAGUUCCCAUCAUCUUCGUCGCGCCUCCAACGAACACCAGCGGGCCCCUCGGAUUGCACAAGGAUAAAGAGAUCACCUACAUGACUGGAACCUCUGAGAGUUACAAGAAGACGUUCACCUGGAACCAACAGCAAUACGAUAAGAUCGACAGGAGUCUACGGUCUGGAAACAGCCGCCAGGCCAUCCACACAGCAGACAACGAGCUUGCUCAUUGGCUGGGUCUACUGAUGGCCAUCCAGCGUAUGGAGAAGGAGUCGCGAAUCUGGCAGGACAACGAAUAUUUCGGCCACAAUAACCCCCAGUGGGAGGAUCAGACCCCAUGCCACCCGCACGCACCGGCCGCGGCUUUUACUCACACGCUCACUGUGGGCAUGCAACGAAAGAAGAAAUCAUGGGACAGCAUGCCAGAAAACAUGAAGAAACCCUAUGCCACCACUACCAUUUCCCAUCUGGUCGAGAUUGCGGGCAUGCUCGGGGUCCACUGGAAAGAGUUCAACAGAAACGAGGACCGCUACCGUGCGCAGGGCAACGGCUUCAGCAUCACCGGCUAUGAUGUUGACGAUCUUGGCAUCGUCUUCACGUUCGAGAAGACCGGACCGACUUGGUUUCAUGAGAACCGCAUCGUGCCCCAUAAUAACGUCAAGGAACUUUUCUUUGGAUACUGUCCCACCAUCUUUCGUCAGGUGGACAGUAGCAAUCACAAGUACGCCGAUGAACCCAAGGACAUCGGAACACUCCAGCUUGGAAGUAUGUCUGCAAUUGCGGAGACGCUGGUGGUGAUUGGCUGCAAUACGAACGCCGUUCAGUAUUUCCGGAAGCCACUGGCAGAUACACGUCACGUACACUUAUUUCCAAUUGCAUUCGAGCUGCUGGGCAUGGUUGGAGUAGUGCUCCAGAUCCCUGGUACUGCUUUUCGUAUGCUUCCAAACCCGACUAUCUGGCACUGGGACCGAAAAUCGUUCUCGCUGCGCACCUUGCUCGGUGACUAUGUGCACGCUUUGAGCGAGGCAUCGGCCAAUGAUCCCCGUCUCAGCCACACGGAGAACGCUCGUAUCGCUACAAUCAUGAAGGAGGCAGGCAAGAUUGAGGACAAAUUCCUAGAGUUGGAGUCUCGAGAUGGUCCAGAGGCAAUCUUGAGGCCCACCAGCAACACGGAAGAAAAGAUCUACUCCAACGAUCUCGUCAUGGUUCUGCAUUCAGCGAUAUCGCGGUGCGAUGAAUUCCUCAUAAACCCUAGUCGGAUCAGCCUCGUUCAAAACGUUUUGCGCGUUCACUUGCAAGAGGUCCUUCGGAUUCUCAAUGACACGGAGGGUGAGUACAAGGCUGCAGACAAGGGCCGCGAAAAUAAGGAUCACCUCCAAGAGUCAGUCUUCCCCGGGGUGUCUUCUGUUGGUAGGACGAAGGAGGAAAGUGAGGAGGUACAGAAGGAGAUAUCCCUGCUGCAGAAACUCGACUUGGCCUCGUCUAGUGAGAGGCACGGCGUGCUUGCUGAGAUUUAUUUGUUCUCGGUUCGCAAGCGUGUCAUCGAGGUCGUCUGCAGGCAGCUGCUCAUUGUUAAAUCCCGACGAGAGCGAGCCAGGUCAUUCAUUUCCACUGCGUCUGGGGAACCGCAGAAUCACGACCAGGGGCAACAGGUCAACGACAUAUGGUGCAUGCUCGUGUUUAGAAUGAUGUGCUGGCUACUGUUGCACGACUUCCACGGCAAGGACAUCCAGGUUGAGAAGAGCGAGGUUUUUGGCAGUCGAUUACCUGUGUAUCUCUCAUAA